AGGAACCUCCAGCGAUUACGCACACACUCAGACACACACCCCAAAAAUAAAGAAGUAACAAACAGAAACUGUGUCCCUUUUCUACGGCCACUGCCAGGGUGGGUUGCCCUCUGCAGUGUAUCUCUGCUUGACUUCUUUUUUGGGCCUUUGGAUACCUUAGAGGCCCCCUGCGUGAUAAGGUGCGUGAGUUAGAUCAUUGGUUUCAUUUGGUAAGAGGAAAUUUAGAGUUGAGCAAUGGUACGGGGACAGUUUUGAAAGCCCUUGAGAAAGCAUCAGAGCUGCAGAUCAAGUGUCAGGCGGCGAGGAACCCAUGCUGCAUCCGUACAGAAUGGAGGGGUACAUCAUCCCAACCAAAGAAGAGAGUAGAGAGAGAGUAACCUGGACUGGCUGGAUGUCACAGACACCAUCUGUACAAAAAGAUUACUGGGCAGUUUUAACCAAAGAUCAGCAAACAGAGGAAAUGUUUGAGUCAGAGAUGUAUCGGCCACCAAUGGAGUAUCAGUAUAUCAUUGACGAGAGUCAGAAUGAUCACACCUGGGAUUAUAAUAGCCAUCAUGUCCAUCCAGUGGAUUUCGAGAACCUGCCAGAGAGCCACUUCACAGAGCUACAGAGCGUACAGCCACUACAUGCAUCAAAUGUGCAUCGCUUCCCAGACGUUGAGUCGGGCCAUUUUAUCGACCCAGGCCUGACCGGGCAUCACCUCACUCUGCCCCCUCCACAGAUGGCAUAUUUGCCACGGCCAUCUGUGUGUUACCCUCACAGUGUACAGCCGUCUCCUCUCCAGCGCAGCUCGGAUGACGAUGACCCCAGCAGUCGCAGUCCUCCGUUAGAGGUGUCCGAUGAGGAGUGUAUGAGGGACCAUAUUACAUCAACAACAGGAGGCGAGCAUGGUAACAAGAAGAAAAUUCGCUUGUAUCAGUUCCUGCUGGACCUUCUCCGAAAUGGUGACAUGAAGGACAGCAUCUGGUGGGUUGACCGAGAAAAAGGAAUAUUCCAGUUCUCUUCAAAGCACAAAGAAGCUUUAGCACACCGCUGGGGCGUACAGAAGGGAAACCGCAAGAAGAUGACCUACCAGAAGAUGGCAAGGGCACUGAGAAACUAUGGCAAGACGGGAGAAGUCAGGAAGAUCAAGAAGAAACUCACCUACCAGUUUAGUGGAGAGGUACUUGGCAAAAGCCACACCGAAAGGAAGCUUUACAUGUAAACAUAUGCAUAAAAAGAGAGAACAAGACUUGGAGAAAACAAGAGAGAAUUUAUUUUUCUCUUUGAAAACAAGUAAAUGGCAAAAUGGACCAGAACUCUUACCAUGAGCUUAUGGUUUAAAACUAUUUUAUUUUCCAGUCCUUUUGUAUUAUUCACCUUUGCAUUAAUGAAGUAAACUUUACGUCCUUUACAUUUCAGUAGCUUUUGUGAUGUAAGACCAACAUUUACAACAUUUAAACAUUUAAAGAGCAGAAACAUGACCAAAGUGGGUAGAUAUAUAAAAAAAAAAUUACAAAAAGCUAUUCUCGAGUUUAAGACAGUUUAAGACACCACCACGCAUGAUGGAAAAAAAAAAACACAAAAAAACACAAAAAUACAAAAAGCAGAAGUGAAAACCAAUGACACAGGCUCACACAGCACGGAAAACUCUGUCACGUCUGUGUAACGCACACACACACAGAGAGAGAGAGAGAGAGAAAUAUUAUAUGCUCGUGUUUGUACUGUCUUUCUCUCUACAUUACAUUCCAUCUGAAGAAAAAUAAAAAUCUUUAUAAAAACCAAGAUGAAUAAACAUUCAUUUUCAAUAGAAAGA